UCAUGUACAUACGUCCAGCUGCUCUUUAAUCCACACCACUUUUGUGCAAAAACGAAAAAUUGUUAUAUUUGAAAAAUUUACAUAUUAACGGGUAAAAUAGAAUGGACGUAGAGCUGAGUUUCCUAGGUUGGUAUAGUAAAUUAAAAACACGUGGACAAUUGGUGUACUGCGUCCUCCCCUACAUCGAGGGUCAGCAGUACACUUUCGGCCAUUCGUAUGAAGGUUGUGUUGACGGAGAAGAAUUCCUAUUUUUGUUUAGGAUUCAAUCUUUCGAGGAAGUAGUCAGCUCGGCCCGAUUUCAAAUUUCUUGUCGCCAUGGGAACUACUGGAUUAAGCGGUUGUCGACCGGCCAAGAUUACGCAAUAUUCCUAAAUAAGACCGAGGUUUGUGACAGUACGGACGGAAUGAAGAUGACACUUGGGGACAUGUUGGUCAUCGAGGAUACUUGCGGCGGGCCAGAUCCGCCUCCACCCUGGUGGAAAUUUUCAAGGUGGAAAGUUUUUUCAAAGGGAAACAAGAAGAGGAGUUAUCAAUAUAAGAACUCUUGGAGGUUCCAGGAGAGAACCAUUUACACACCUUUCGAUCCAUCUGGGGAUCACGCACUCGAAAUGAUCGAAUACUUCCCACGUGACACAACCGAAUCUUACCUCGCCCUCGACAACACGUUGAUACUCUCCAAAAUAUUUUCCCACUUGGGCCUCUCAACCUUAAAGAAUUGCCGCCUCGUGUCAUCCCUCUGGGAGAGUGAAGCCGUCCCCUGGCUCAAGUCCCGAUCCGAAAUUCGGUUCAAGCUGUACCCCUACUCCGAACUCACCAACAGCCCACCAAGAUUAUUUCUCUAUAGACAUGAAAUGUUGCCCUUCGCCCAUCCAAAUUGGCACGUGGAAUGUUUCGAUGACGGGAAGAAUCUAACUUUUCCCAAAUUAAGUCACGAUUUGGACCAGAUUCUUGAAAAUUGUCACGUGAUCCGUCGCCUGAGCUGUGUUCACUACCCCUCCAUGAAUAACGUGCUAUUGAUAGGGUUGCUGAAUCGAUUGGCCGGCUCGUUAGAGGAAUUGGCGAUUUGUUUCGAAACUUGUGAAAAUGUAGGGGAAGAUAUCACCGAACUUUUCCAGGUGAUAGAAUUCCCGCUCCUUAAAAGGUUCGAGAUCGAUAUGGGUCCCAACGUCGUGUCGACGAUAAGACCGGAAUGGUAUGAAAGUUUGACCGGUUCGAUGAUAAGGUUGAGUAGGAGGGUGUCCGCGAUGUAUCUGAAGUCGGAAAGUGCCCCUAUGAAUGCAAAUUUUUUGCGGGAAAUUGUGUCAAAUAGGGAAUCGUAUCCGAGGUUAAGGGAGGUUCGCGUUAGAAAAAUUGAUCGGGAUGGGAUGGAAGUUUUGCGGGGUUUAAGGGCGGGUUUGGUGAGACUGGAGAUUAAUUGGUUUUCUGACGAGUGUGAGAUCCGACAGGUGGAAGGGGUCGUGCAAGGGCAGAGAAACUCGUUGGAGUUUUUACGUCUCGAAGUGCCCCCGGGCUGGGGGGUGGUCCCUGUGGGGGAGAUGCCUUACUUGAAAAGGAAACAGAUUUUAUUUAGAGAAGUUUAAAAUUAUAUUUGAACAAGAGAGAUUGUUACGCAGGAUAACUUACCUCCAAUUGUUGCGUAAUUGACUGGAGUAUGAUAGCUUUCUGGAUUCAUGCACAUAAAUAGAUAUUUUUUUAGAUGCAAAUUUCCAAGUGCCCAUUAAUUUAUAUUAAAUUUUCCCGCAGGGUAAUUUAUGCAAAAACAAAAUCUUAAUUGUAUCGUUGUUAAAUUGUUAUGUAGUGCUACAUAUUUUAUUGAUCUGCAAUUCUAUGGACCAUGGUGAGCCUUAUAAAAAAUUUUCAUUAGGAUAUGAAAAAUUAUGAUAUUAUAUUAUAUUAUUAUUAUUAUUAUCAGUAUUGAGUUUUGCGAUGAAUGAAAUUUAUGCUAAUUAAAUGCAAACUUGAUUUUAUGA